UACGCUAAGUACCUAGAAACUAUCUUUAGUUUCUUUAAGAAGAAGAAUAUCUCUAUUGCUCCUAUUAAAUCUUAUAUCGUAUAUCCUAGCAUAGAGCUACUUAGUUUCUAUAUCGAUAGAUUUAGACUAACUAAUAUAGAGCACUGUGUUGCUGCCUUUAGGAACCUCGCCUUUCCAAAUAACCUAAAGGCUCUAGAGCAGUAUAUCGGCGUAUUAGGAUUUCUACGCUAUCUAAUCCCGUACUAUAUACAGCUUAUCAAGCCUCUCUAG